UUUAGCUAACAACUUUGUUCUAGAGGCUGGUGAUGCAGAAACAGACUGAUUCCUGUUUUCAGAUCACUGCUGUCUUUUCUUGCUCCACCUUCUCUUCUUAUUUGCACAAAGACGUUGAUUUGAAUUUUUCACUAAGACAUAUAAGACCAACUAGUGAAUACCCUAUGAAUCAGAAACUGCUGGAACAACCAUGGAUCAACUGGUCUCAGCACUCCUUCUCUUCUCCUUUCCACAUGCUGGCAGAAUAAAUAAAAGAACAGAAACUCUUUUCUACUUUUGUUGCUUGAAGUGUGGCAAAAGGAAUCAAGAAGGAUGAACUGCUGCCAGUGCUCCUCUGCUCUUCUGUUUUCCAUCUUGCUGCAGCUCCUGUUUUUCGAUUUUCAGGCAGCAGCUAAUUUCCCCUGUGAAGAGUGUGAACGGCACCAACCAUCUGAGAAGACAGGCCAUCGGAAAGCAGAUGAUGUGGACUUGUUACACCUAUCAGCUGACAUGUCAAAGAUGUAUCUUCUGCAGUUUCAGCAGGCAACAGCUUCCAGUGGAUACCUGGGUAAGAGCAGGCCGAUAGAAGAGAGUAUGCAAUUGCUGACCAGAAGACAGAACAUUAGCAGCAGUCCAUCUAAACUGAGCAGAACUUCAGCUCUCCAUGUAUAUUAUUUGAAGUCACAGAGUGAGUGCAAACUCCUAACAAGUGAGGGUAAUAACAGCUUUCUAGUGAAGAGAGAUUACAGUGACAGCGAGAACCAACUGUGGCAUUGGGAGAACAAUUCAGCCAUUAAGAAUGUUGAAACUGGAAUCACUUUGGUUGUGGAUAAGAUAAAAUGCAAGAAAGUAAAAUUUAUAUCUCAUUCACUUGAUGGGCAGCUGUUCUCAGAGUCAUGCAGGUCCGGUACUGAACAUACUGUAAUAAACUCUGCUGAUUGCGAUGUGAAUUUCAAACUUGUGAUGACCGCUGAUGGACAGCUCAUAACCUCAGUUCUGGUGACUCAGUCAUGGCAGUUAAUACCAAAAGGGAAUGAGGAGACCAUCUGGGCUGUUUUAUGCCCAUUUUUUAUAAGGAUAGAAACAUCUCCCUGUGUUCUGCUAACAGGUAGGGAAGAAGAUCAUUUUGUGGAAGCCCUGCCAUUCAGUGAAAACAUAAUGGAGACACAACUGUGGUACUGGAGUGAUGGGCAUUUGAUGAACUUUUACUCAGGUCUGGCAUUAGAAGUGCUGCACCAGGGACAAAAUAACUCUCUACUGCGUGUGAUAUCCAGCCAUCCUAAAAGUGUUCAGGAAGAGGGUAUGCUGACUCAGCUUUGGACUCAAGAUGGAUCUCUGAUUACUUCGGUAAUGUACCCAAAUAAAUCUCUUGAUCUCCUCAGUACAGAUCAAGGUGACUUUAUAGUGCACAUCUCCUAUUCACCCCAUAAUCUGUGGUCCUUGAUAGAUGCCCAGAAUGAAAGUAAUGUCAUGAACAUGGAAACUUGCAUGCCAAAGCUCUUCCUCUUAGUGAAAAGACUUCCCUGUAUGACAGGUCAAAAGGUUCCACACAAUGUUCAAAACAUAACACAUGCUAAAAGUCUUUGGUAUUGGAGAGGUAGUGAGCUCUUUAAUGUGGCGACAAAACUGGCUCUGCAAUUUCAACAAGUAGGAAAUACCUCUGGUAUUAAAAUAACCCUAGACAUGCACGAUAACCUCAGUCUAAUUAGACCAAUGUGGCAUUCAGGGUGCUUACUGCAUGUCAAGGAGAACAUGGACAGCCAGAAACUUUCUCUGAACUGUACUGUUGAUUUCGAAAAUGACCUGCGACAGACCGGGUGUGACUUAAGCAUUAAGACAGAUGUGAAUGAGCAACCGGUAGAAAGUUGUCCCAAAAACACACAAUUUAUCGAGAGGCAGAUGUGGUACCAUAAUACCUACAUGCUGUUCAAUGCCUACUAUGAACUUGGUUUGGCACAGGAAUAAAAAGAGAAUUGAAACAGCUAAGAUAACAGCAGGACAAAUCACGUUUUUAUAAAUUAGUUGCUUAAUAUUGUUUAACCUGAUAGUACCUAAUAUCUGUUGUA